CACCCUUACAAACCAGCUGUUUAUUACUUCAUCGGCGAGUUUUGUGGGGAUAUUUCGGAAAAUGGCAUCCCAAUACCUGAGCCAAUUAAAUACGGCGGACAAACUGGCCGCCGAGCCUUGGCCGGAAGACACCACACUCUACCAGCCAUAUGAGGCAGAGCAGAUCCUUUUGCCGGAGAAUGCCAGUUGCCUGGCGGUAAAAGCUUACUUAAAGAUGUGCAACCUACCUUUUGGAGUCCGAUCCUGCGCGAAUGCGGAGCACAUGUCCCCGGGCGGCCGGAUGACCAAGCUGCCCUUCAUCCGCGCGGGAGCAUUUAUCUUUGCGGAGUUCGAACCGAUUGUGAACUUUGUGGAGCAGAAGGACAUGGCCAUUGGCAGCUGGCAAGACGAGGACGAAAAGGCCGACAUGCGCACCUACGUUUCCUUGGUUGAAAACAUCUUUACCAUGGCGGAGCUGUAUAUCAGCUUUAAGAACGAGCGUGUCUACAAGGAGGUAACUGCUCCCCGGAACGGAGUUGUCUUUCCUUGGCCCCUCAAUCACAUGCAAAACUAUGGCAAGCGGAGGAACGCUCUUCGUUUGCUGAAGGUCUACCAGUGGGAUGAUCUGAACAUUGACAACGUCAUCGAGAAGGUGGCCAAGUGCUGUGAGACACUCGAAUAUAAACUGAAGGAAUCCCCCGAAACUCCUUUCUUCUACGGCGAUCAGCCCUGCGAACUGGAUGCAAUCGCCUUUGGACACCUCUUCAGCAUACUCACCACAAAUCUGCCCAACAUGGCGCUGGCGCAGACAGUGCAGAAGUUUAAGCAUCUGGUUGAGUUCUGUCGUUUCGUCGAUGAGAAGUACUUUCAGACCAGGUGCCUGCCAAAUUAGCUAUCGCACUAAAUUGCUCGCAUAAAUGUCAAGUUAUAUAUGUAAAUAUUAUUUUCUUUUCAUGUUGCUGUACAAGUACUUUAUUGAGCGAUUUGUAUGCUUUGAAAUAUGUUCUGCACAUCCCUUUUUAUUAGAUGUGUCUAUCCGAUUUAAUUUCAAAUUUGAAAGUUAUAUAGAUUUAUGAAAAAAUUUUGCUAAAAGCUAUACAAAUUUAAGUUAUAUAUUCUUUUUGUUUUAUGUGCUGCACAAGCGCGUUAAUCUGCAACAUUGCUUCUGUUCAAGCUUCAGAAAGACUAUUUAAAACGCCUUAAAUUAAACUGCAGCUACCCGCAUUUGAUGACCGUUAUAAGAAAGUUUUGUCUAAGGUGUCCAUUAUUGUUUUAUAAACUGUCAGUGGGCCUUAGAUUAAAUGUUAAAAACGGUGCUUAAUGUUAUUCAGCCAAAACUAAUAAUAAAAAUUUACACCCUUUAUUUUCAGCAAAUAA